AUGUAUCCACAUCGAGCUCAGCAACCGCCGAACAGGCUCGGAGAGCUGCUCGACCAAGUGCGCGCCGAGUUCGAGGCACAAGCACACCGCUCCAAUGAUUACGACCAGCAAUUAGCGACCCAAAUCCAUGAGAUGGAACUGGUCCGUACCAAGAUCUUUCAGCUCGAACAGACUCACCUCACCAUGAAGGGAAAGUACGAGGAGGAAAUCUCGCGUCUGCGCCAUGAGCUUGAGCAGCGUGGUGGACCUUCGCAGGGCGGUCAUGCUGGUCCAUCUCAACCUCAGCCGCCAGUCAUUGGGCAUGGCCCAAGAGACCUCUUUCAAGGUAUCAUGGCUGGUGGGGGACAAGGCGGCCCAGGUCUUGCCCCUCCACCACAAGAGCAGCAAGGUCAACCUGGUAUGCCAGGCCACAUGCAGGGACAAGGCCCUCCAGGUCUGAACCAGCCUCCACCUGGACCGCACAAUCCUUUCAAUUAUGGUCAGCCCCAAGGCCCAGGUCUGAACGGCUACGGCGGUCCUCAGCCACCACCACAAGCAGCAUCUCCAGGACCGGGUAAUAAGCCUCGCGUGGGUCCACCCGGGCUUCGUGGCCCAGCAACACCUCAGCAGGGCCAAGCAAAUCCAUACCCAGGAUCGCCUGGCAUCGCACGACCAACCCCACCACCUCAGAACCAACAGCUGGCGCCAGACUUCCAAUACACACGCGAGCAAUUGGAGGCAAUCGGCAACCAGCUCAGCGAGCUUGAUCCAGAAAAGCUCCCACCUCACCUCAAGCGUCAAGGAGAGGACUGGCACGCCGUAUUCAACCCUCGUGUGCCGCGCAGGCUCGACGUGAAUCUCGAGCACAAUCUCGCCCAUCAGAGUGUGGUGUGCUGUGUCCGCUUCAGCCAUGAUGGUCGUUUCGUCGCGACUGGUUGCAAUAGAUCUGCCCAGAUCUUCGACGUCCAGACUGGAAAGCAGGUGUGCCACUUGCAGGAUUCGGCCACCACGCAGGAUGGUGAUCUCUAUAUUCGUAGUGUGUGCUUUAGUCCUAAUGGCUUGUUUUUGGCUACUGGUGCGGAGGACAAGAUUAUCAGGGUAUGGGACAUUGCCUCGCGAUCAAUCCGUCAUAGCUUCGCAGGUCACGAUCAAGACAUCUACUCCCUCGACUUCGCCUCCGAUGGCCGCUACAUCGCGUCUGGAUCAGGCGAUCGCACCAUCCGUCUCUGGGACAUUCAAGAGAACCAAUGCGUUCUCACCCUUCAAAUCGAAGAUGGCGUCACCACCGUCGCCAUCUCGCCCGACGGCCGCUACGUCGCUGCCGGAUCCCUCGACAAGAGCGUCCGCAUCUGGGACACCACGACUGGCGUCCUGGUCGAGCGCACGGAAGGCGAGCAAGGCCACAAGGACAGCGUCUACUCUGUCGCUUUCGCACCACAUGGCAACCAUCUCGUCUCCGGCUCUCUGGACAAGACGAUCCGAAUGUGGCGUCUCAGCCCCCGGGAGUUCCCCGGCCGACAAGGUGCUCCCGGACCGAAGUCUGGAGAGUGUAUCCGUGUGUUUGAAGGGCAUAAGGACUUUGUGCUCUCGGUUGCGCUCACGCCUGAUGGCGCUUGGGUCAUGUCUGGGUCCAAGGACCGAGGCGUGCAGUUCUGGGACCCUGAGAAUGGGCAGGCGCAGUUGAUGUUGCAGGGGCAUAAGAAUAGUGUUAUUUCUGUGGCGCCUUCGCCGACGGGUGCGCUGUUUGCUACGGGAUCUGGGGAUAUGAAGGCGAGGAUUUGGAGGUAUGGGCCUUAUAAUGGGCCGUAG